UGCCUUUUCAUCCCGCCUGUGCGCGUCGCAUCCAUACCAAGAUCCCCCCCACACACCAUCACCACCACCCCGACUUAUUCACCACAUGUCCCCGCUGCUUCCACCGGCUUUAAUUACCUCACAUCGGCUCAAAAAACACGGGGCCACACCGCGUCUGACUGACUUGACAAGGCUGAUCGGCGCUUUUUUGGACGGAUACUGUUGCUCCACUUCUCCACCUAUAACACCUCCUCUCUGAACAUCUCGCCAACCCCACACACACUCUUGCCAUGCAGGAGGUGUAACCCUCCUUCCUCUUCUUCCUUUUGCACUAUCGGAGGAGAUCCAAAACAGUGAAGAAAAAAAGAAACCCAAAAACGCCAACCUGUAACCUGUAACCAGUAAAGAUGUCAGACCCAGAUGCCUCUUCACCGGCAGACGCCCCGCUGCCACUCACCUCCCCCCGGACUCCUCUGCAGCUCUCCUUCCCCUUCCUGAGGGAGGGCAGUCGGGUUUGGGAAAGAGAGAGGAAACCACCACAGCCUGGAGAGCUGCCCAGCCCAUUGCCCACCAAACGCACCCGCACAUACUCAGCGACAGUGCGAGCCAGAUCAGGUCCAGUAUUUAAAGGUGUGUGUAAAAACUUCUCCAGGUCUCAGGGUCAUGGAUUCAUACGGCCCUCUCGCGGAGGAGAGGACAUCUUUGUCCACAUCUCAGACAUUGAGGGAGAGUAUGUGCCUAUGGAAGGAGACGAGGUCACGUACAAGGUAUGCCCCAUCCCGCCCAAGAACCAGAAGAUCCAGGCUGUCGACGUGGUGAUCACCCACCUGAAUCCAGGCACCAAGCACGAGACUUGGUCAGGUCAGAUCAUCAGCUCCUAGACCAGAGCUCCAGGCUGCUAGGUGGAAAAAAAAAAGCAAAGGGGGAUUUGAAUUUAAUUUUAGGUUUUAUGUUUUUAAGAUAUGAGGUUUAGGACCAGGUUUGAGGAAGAGGGAUCAGAGCUCGGCGUACCACAGAGUUCGGCCUGAGGUGGUUUUGUUAUGGACAGGUGUUGGUGAAAGCUUGAAUAUAAAGGUUUGUGUUGGAAAUUAAGCUUUGAAUGUUUGAAUGUUUUCCUUUAAAAAAAGGUCAUAGUUUCAUCAUUUGGGUUUGGAUGUUUUAUUUUAGGGUUCAGAGCUAUGUGCUCGCAUCUUUACUUUGACCUGGGGAAUACAUUUUAGUUGGGAAAUCAGUGGUUGUUAGGGAAGUGAUGUCUUCGAUAAGUUGCUGUAGAGGCCGAAUCACAUUUUGAGAAAUUUGUUUCCACUCCAUGGGUACACUUUUGGAUUUACAUUUCAAGGGACCAGCUCAGUGACUUAGCUCUGAAUUUCAAUCCCACUUUUAUUUUUUAAUCAACCCGCAGAUGUGCCACCACUGCCAAAAGUCAUGUGACAAACAUCUGAUUGAAAAAUGUACAAUUUAGCCAUAUUGUGUCUGUGUUUACAACUACAGGUGGAGAUGGCUGCCUCACUGUAGAACAUAUAAUCAAAAGGAAAUAAAAAUAUGUUUAUUUCUUUCUCUUGUCUAUGAUCUGGCUUGUCUUAACCUGAAAGGAACAGCAGCUCAGAUCUACCUUCAUCUCACUGCCUUCAGAAAAUCUAAACGUUUUCAAGGUCAAAACCCUACGAGUACACGGCUGCCAAAUGAAAUCAAUGAAUGCACUUACAGUAGAAAGUAGAUCCAAAUGGCUCUUAAUGUGUUCCGGCCUCAGGAGCUGUGGUAAGCUCCACAUAUAAGGAAUUAUUUUCCUUCUUAAUAUUGUAGCACUACUGUAUUUUGUCUACUUGGCAAAUGUAGAAAUCCAGUAUUAUUGUAGCCAGCUCCUAUGACGGUCUUAAGUUUUGGUGGUAGAGACAGUAGCUGGAUGUUGUGUGGGCCUGCCACUGGGAAACCAGGCCAGAGGGUUUGGGGUUUAGGGAAGGAAACAGAGCAAAGGAGAGGAAGGAAGGUUAGGGAACAGGCAGAGGAUGGAGUGAUUACCUGUAGAUGUACUUGAGCACAGAAGCGGCUUAAUUUGAAGUGUUAUAAGGCAUGUGUAAGAAAGAAGACCAUGAUUAAAGUCAGCAGUUCACAACCUGUGCGGUUUCAGGUUAAUUUGAUAAGAAAUAGUUUGAUAUUUUGGAAACUACCACCGGCAGCUGGUUAGCUUAGCUAAGCACAAGGACUACAAAUGGAAGCUAAGCUAAGCUAACUGGCUGCUCGCUGUAGUUUCAUAUUUUGCGCACAGACAUGAGUGGUUUCGUUAUUUUCAUCUAACUCUCGACAAAAAUGUUGAACUAUAUCUUGCAAUCAUGUAUUUUAAAAGAUAAAGUCCUUUUUUUUCUCUUAAUAUCAAUCAAAUAAUGAAAAUAAGAAUCACAUCCACUUUUGAAGAGGAGUGUCAAGCUGAGGAGGAUGAACUGCUGAUUUUUUUUAAGGUCAAAAGGUUAAGUUAAGUUUUAUAUGUUUUGGCAAACGACUGUGGAAAAAAAAAAGCUGCAAAAGCUUCCUGAUGUAAUUUUAAAAAGACUAUUUAUUUAUUGACUUAUUUAUUUUCAUUUGUAACUAUGAAACCAUCAGGUGUUUGGUAAUUAAAAGCUGCAUUUAUAAGUAUUUGUGCAAAUUUAAGUCUAUUUGAAUACACUGCACACCUCACUCUAAUGAUACUACCCUGUUAAUAUCAACUUUGCGACUGUCAUGUCAUCAUCGACAGGGGAAAAAAACAAACAAAAACAACCUUCAACCUUUCCAAACACAAGUUUCUAAUUUCUGCAUAAUCCUUGUCUAAUUUUUAAUAACUAAUGUGAUGUUCAAAAUGACAAGCAGUCUUGUUGUUUUGGGAAUCGGCAUGUUCUGUACUGUUUGAUGUAAUUUUUACGUAGAAUGUGUUGAAUCUGUUUCAUCAUGCAGUAACACGGCUGGAGGCUUCAGAGAGGCAUCGUCAGGUCUCCUGUGCAUCUUUGAUUUCUCGCCAUGAGUGUGACUUAACAUCAUAGUAACACGCUUUGUCCGUUUGGUUUCUUUCCUGUGAGAGAAACAAGUUUGAUUGAGUUUGCAAGCACUUUUCAUUUUUGUCAAAUCACUGUGACGCUGUCUUUUGUCAUUAAGAUAUAGUUUGAAUAAAACUUAAUACUGUAUUCACAGA